CAUUGACAUCACUUUUCGCGCGUUUCUUCUUGUUCGGGUUUACGUUCAUUGUGCUGCACCGUGCUGCACAUACGAAAGUGUUUGUAUGUGCGUUUAUGCAGUGCCACAUCUUCGAGUCACUUUGUUAUGAAGCCCUAUAAACGUCAAAAGCACAGGCAAGGCAUUGGACUUCAUUAGUUUCUCAAACUCAAAGCACCAUGAAGGAAUUCGUCGUAGGUUGGGACCUUGUCCAGACGUUAGGAGAAGGAGCUUAUGGAGAAGUGAAGCUUCUAGUGAAUAGAAGCACUCAGGAAGCUGUGGCGAUGAAGAUUCUUAAUGAAGCAAGUAGUCCAGGAGCAGCGGAAAACUUUAGGAAAGAGAUCUGCAUGCAUAGGCUGUUAACGCAUGAAAAUGUCAUAAAGUACUAUGGGCAUAGAAAAGAAGGAACAUUUCAGUUCAUCUUCUUGGAGUAUGCUUCUGGAGGAGAACUAUUUGACAGAAUAGAACCUGAUUUUGGAAUGGACCAAUGCAAUGCCCAGAGAUACUUCAAACAAAUUUUAGCUGGUGUGGAAUACCUUCAUUCCAAGGGUGUGGCACACAGGGACCUGAAGCCCGAAAAUAUCCUGUUGGAUGCUAAUGACAACAUCAAGAUCUCAGACUUUGGCCUAGCUACAGUUUUUAGGCAUAAAGGGGAAGAAAGACAACUGACAAGGAAGUGUGGUACACUCCCCUACAUAGCUCCUGAAGUUCUAGUAAAGAAAUACAAAGCAGAACCUGCAGAUAUUUGGAGCUGUGGUGUUAUUCUUGUGGCACUUUUGGCUGGAGAGCUUCCAUGGGACCAGCCAUCACCAGUGUGUGAGCAGUUCAGAUGGUGGAAGGAAUGCAAAAUCACCGAGUCGCCUUGGUCAAAGUUGGAUAACCUUGCUCUUUCGUUACUUCGUAAGAUUCUGGCACCACACCCCACACGACGAUACACAUUAGAACAAAUCAAGUGCCACAAGUGGAUACAGAAAGUGUUCAAACGAGAGGGAAGCAAAUGGGUAGGUGGCCAGGAUGAAAGCAGAUCACGCAAAAGAAGUUGUUUUGAUUUUGGUCACAGUGACAAUACCACAAGGUAUGUAGCAAUACUGUUUUGCAAUGUUAUGUCACAGCAUGGACAUUUCGUACUUAGGGAUGGCACUAUGAUGAGGCUGUCAUCGUCCCAGCCAGACAUGGCAUGCAAGUGGGACGAAGACAGUCAGAUACCUGAACUGGUCGCGCCAUCGGAUGUGCUUGCCCAGAAGAUCAGCUUUUCACAACCGGCCCACCUGGAAGACAUGCUUCUUAGCACUCAAACGCAAGGCACACAAGGUUCCUCACAGACUCCUCUGCAGAAACUUGUGAAGAGAAUGACAAGGUUCUUUGUUACAACGAGUGUUCAAGCUACGCUCGAAGAGAUGAAGUGCUUGUUUGAGAAGCUUGGUUACUCAUGGAAAACAAACUCCCCGGGCCAAGUCACAAUUACAACAUUGGACAAGCGGAAGGCACAACUUGUCUUUAAAGCGAGCCUCGUCGAGAUGAGUGACAAGAUCCUGGUAGACUUCAGACUGUCCAGAGGAGAUGGCUUGGAGUUCAAGAAACAUUUUGUCACAAUUCGAAACCACCUUUCUGACAUAAUUGCCAAAGGACCUGUCAUGUGGCCCAUUGCAGCUGCGACAAACUGUGUACCAUAACAAAUUUACUAGGAAGUUCCUAUUCUUGGCAUUGACAAGUGCACAACUGCUGCUAAAGUGCAAGACAGCACUGUAUCUAGUUGUACAUUUCUCUUUAUGUUGUUAGGUGAAUAUUAAAAAGUAUGUACUAAAGAA